CGAUCCAUGUUGUUUUUAUGAUAAUUUGGAAAUCCCUAUGUAUAACAAACAAACAUAAUAUUAAAAAUGGAAAAAUGGUUAAUUCAGUCAAUAUGGAUUGCGGUAUUUGGAUUUCUCAAAGAAUUUCGCCCAGAAGAUCCUUAUAUAACACAAUAUUUGUCAAAUCCACCAAUGAAUUUUACAGAUAAAGAAAUAAUGCAAGAAAUAUUUCCAGUAUCAACUUACACUUGUCUUGGUCUUACUGUUAUUAUAUUUUUGGUUACCGAUUAUUUACGUUACAAACCAAUUGUUGUGUUGAAUGCUCUUUCAAACUUCACAGUUCAAAUAAUGUUGAUUUUUUGUCGAACCAAGACUGAGAUGAAGAUAAUGGAAGUAUUUUAUGGCAACAUGAUAGCUUGCGAAGUAGCAUAUUAUACAUACAUUUACUCAAAAGUAGAUAAAAAACAUUAUAAAAUUGUUUCUAGUCACAUGAAAAUGGCAUGUUUACUAGGCCGACUUGUAUCGGCUUUGCUUGCUCAAGUACUAAUUGACUACCAUGUGUUAACAGUACAACAAUUAAAUUAUUUAACACUUGUAGGUGCAGCUACAUCGAUAAUUUGGGCAUUUGGAUUACCUUCAAUUAAAAGUAGUUUAUAUUUUCAUCAAAGUCCUGAACAUACUUAUAUACGAGAUAAUACAGAUGUUAAUGUAUCCAAAUCUAAAACUGUGUGUCAAAGACUAUGGUUCGACUUCAUCACUGCUUUCACCAAUCGCUAUGUUCUUCAGUGGUCCAUUUGGUGGACUUUAGGCACAUGCUUUUAUUAUCAGUUUAUGUCUUAUGCCCAAUCAUUAUGGCAAGAAAUUUAUAAAAAUGGUACUGAUUUACCAGUUACUGAUAAUGGAAUUGUGGAAGCUGCAUAUACAAUCAUAAGUACAUUGGGUGUUUAUUUAAUUGGUAUCAUAACAGUGUCAAGUUGGUGGUUAGUAGGUAUUCUUACUUUAGGACAAGGCAUUUUAUUGUUGAUAAUGGCUCAUGAAAGUUUAUUGUCACAUGCAUAUGUUGGCUAUAUAAUUUUUGGAACAUUCUAUCAUAUUAUGGCUACUGUAGCAAAUUGUGAAGUAGCUAAAAAUAUUCCUGCAGACAGCUAUGCAUUAGUGUUUGGAAUUAACACAUUUUUUACACUCGUAUUACAAACGUGUUUGACUGUGAUUGUUAAUAGUCCAGUAGGAUUUAUGUUAAACAUUAGAACACAAUUUUUAGUAUAUGGUGGAAGUUGUUUGAUAAUUGGAUUUGUAUACACUAUUGGAGCAAUGUGCUCAACAUAUAACAAGAUGAGAGGACACAGCAUUUUUUCAAUAUCAAAAUGAAUAAACUAUUAUUAAUUUAAUAAUAAUUAUGUAAUGAAUA